CAAGAGAUCUGCACAUAAGAAGGAUCUGAAUACUUUAGCAGCUUCAUAUGUCCGUGGCAUUUAAAGACUCGGCACCCAGUGAAUUUGUCACAUAACCAAUAUGACACAUCUGGACUAUAAUUGAUGAUCUGGGAGACGAUUUGAAGAUGCGGUAUCUUUGCAAGUGGAUUCUAAUGAUUGGAACUCUUAAGUCGGUUAUCUGCAGCUACUUGGAAGAUCAGUGCAGUUGGAAGGGGAGUGGGUUGUCUUUGGAGGUGAGAUCUGUGGAGCAAGUGUCAUUGCACUGUGCGGAGGGUUCUGUGGAAUGGUUGUACCCAUCUGGUGCUCUACGCCUUAGCUUGAUACCACGCCAGCCUUUGUCUUUGCCUAGUCCUGGGCCUAAUCAUAUGACAGCCUGCAUCAAACCAUACACUUCCUUCCGGGGAGCACAGCUGUAUCUAGAACAAGAAGGGAAACUGGAGUUACUGUUGUCAGAAUCCAGUCCAGAGAUGCAUCCCAGGGUCCACUGCUUCAGCUGGUUGCCUAGCCAAAAGACAGCACUCUUCCUACAAGCCACCCCUCACCAGGACAUUAGCAGACGAAUUGCUGCUUUCCGCUAUGAGCUGAGGAGGGACUGGGAUGGCCGUCUCUCGCUUCCUUUGAACAAACUGAGUAUGGAAGGUGCCUGCCGUCCAUGUAAUGACACAGAAAUUCUCAUGGCUGUUUGCACUAGUGACUUUGUUGUCCGUGGAAAUAUCCGUAGGGUUGUGAAUGAUGCAGAGUUGCAGCAGUCUGUUAUUGGAAUCGCAGCUACUCGUGUCCACCGUCAAAAGUUUACUUUGUUUCAGCCUCAAGGACACUCUGUUAAGUCACUAGGUGACAUUCGGACACCACUUAGCUGCAAAGUUAAACCAGGCCCUGGCAGCUUUCUCUUUAUGGGUUGGGUCCAUUUUGGUGAUGCCUGGUUAGGCUGUGCUCCUCGCUAUAAAGACUUUAAACGAGUAUAUGAGGCAGCAACUAAGUCUCACGAGAACCCAUGUGAAGUGAGGCUUGAUUGAUGAUCAAAGAUACUCUGUUUCAAUGGUAUAUUACCAUUACUGUAUUGAUAAAGAGGUAUUCAUAUCAAAUCACAGCUUCCCAGCCUAAUUGGUUGUGAUGUGAUCAUGUCUCGGCGGAUUGUUUUCGAGGAAUAUAUUUUAUUGCCUCAUAUUUGACCAAUUAGCCACUGAAAUUGCAAAACUGCGAGCCUUUUAGCACUAAAUUUGUCAGACUCCUUGAUUUGGAUGUUAGACACAUCAACUGAUCUCAAGAGGAGACAACACUUGAAAGAAGAAACAAAAAUGAAUACAACGGUUAGCUGUCAUUUAGAAACUAUUCUAUAUUUAAAAUCAAAUUCUUAUAAGAAAAAAUGUUGAUGCUAUAAUGAAUGGGCUUCUGAAUCCUUAUUGGACUUGAGGAUUUGUUAUUUGACCAUGAAAAUGUGUUAUACAUUAUAAGCUAUGAAUUUUAUUGACAAUGUAUGAACAAUUGAACAGUACAUUAAAAAAAAUGAAAACAUUUUUAAUUUGCACUAAGACGUAUUAGUGAACUGAGCCAGUUUCUUUACUCCUUUUGCUUUCUGGGAGUAUUUUAUUAGUUUAUAUACCAUGCAGCCCCCUCUACGAUGGUGGAACUGCAUGUACCUGCAAUGAGAACAAUAUAUUCAAUUCAGAAAUUGAAGAAAACCAGAGGUACUAAACAUGAAGAACUACAACUUCUUUGAAUCCUGCGCAUCAAUUCACUUUCCUGACAACAAUGCAUUUCCACAAGUUUUUACAAAAUAACUGUUACUAACGUGGGAAUACGACAACGAUGGAGCAUUACUGAGUUAAAUAAUGAACUGUAAUUGGAAACUGCAGCAAAGGGAUUUUUAUAAUAUUAAUUUCUGUCAAAAUGUUUGUAGCCAUUUCUUAGAUCUAUUGUCAUUUCCAUUUACAAGCUGAUAUUACUGGGGUGAUGCAAAUAAUUGUCUAUUUAAAGGUAGAUUACUUUUAACCAUAUGUUACCUUUAAUCUCUAACCGUUUUUCUGUCCUCCCAUCUCUUUCAUCAUUUUGCUUAAUUAACAGAGUUAUCAAUAACUGUAUGUAUUGGUGAGAGAUCAUUUCCAUUGAAAAUUCACAGCUCCUGACAUAAGCCCCAGCUUUAAAGGGACAUUGUAGUGUAACAUGUGUGUCUCCUUUUAAUGAGUUCCCAAUAAUUCAUUUUACCUGCUGGAGGGGUUUAUUUUUUUUUUUAUUUUUUUACAAAUAGCUCCUUUAUCUUUAUUUUGUUUUUUUAAAUAGGUGAGUUUGUCUGUUAAAAUCACUAGUUAUACUGAAAAUAUGAAUACUUUUGUAUUUUCUAAAGAAAAGCUAUGUAAUCACAAAUCAACUACAGCCUACUGGGUGGUGGGAGUGACAAUUGCUACCUCAGCCUUUGUGUCAAACAGAUACGGAGGCAUAGAGUAUAUAGAGAAAUAGAUAAGGAUGUCUGCUCUUUCUGCAAGCACAGACCAUUUAAAGGUAUUGUGUUUUCAAUGAACUAAAACAGCUAUUUAAUACAAAAAUACAACUAAAGGAGCAAUGUCUAAUACAUGUUAUACGCUACAGCAGGUAUAACAAGUCUUUGGAAACACAUAAAGGGGAAAACUAUUUUGAUGACCUUUAGUAAAAUAAGAGUCUGGGUUGUGUGACUGCUGCUGCUGAAUGGCUUAUCUGCAGUAUUUACUCAGGAUGAGCAGCUGUGUGGCUCAUGAGUGGUAUUUUAACAAUGUGUUUAACCCCUCUGUGUAGAUUAAACAAAUAGCGUUGCAGGGUUGAGUCCUAAAAUGACACGCUCUUAUGAAUUAUAAUUAUGUCUCUUUAAUUCAUAAUAGCAUGUCCCAAUAUUUUAAGUUAUUUGGCAAUCCAAUGUAAUUGUCAUUAUGUUCAGUUCCAUUAGACAAUUUAACAUAACAUCCUGUUGUUAAAGGGACAAUGUACUCUAAAGUUUUUUUUCCCCUUAAUUUGUUUUCAGUGACUCAUUAUACCAGCUACAGAGAUUAAAAUAUAUGGGAAAUUGAUCUUUUAUGUAUAUUUUUGUAUAUGACAUAACUAUUUCUGCUAAUUAAAACCACAACCCAAUGAAAUGAGCUGAGCUUGUUGGAAAAACAGACAUAAUUAGUUUAUUUUUCUAAUCAUUUGUACAGUCACACCCCUCACUGGAAUAAAAUGAUUUAAUCUAAACCUUCUAGUUUUUCUAUAAAAGGUGGGGCUAUAACUGGCAACAUUGGCUAUUUCAAAUGACAAAAUAAAGGUAAAUUAUAUGUUUGUAAACCAUUUAAUACAUUCUACCACAUAAAAUAGAUCAUUAGAAACACAUUAAAGGAGAGAGAAAAAAGAAUACAUUAGACUGCCCGUUAAGAAACACUAAGAAACCAAAUAGUUUCAGUGAAACAAUAAAUGGAAAUUGGUGAUCUGAUUACUGCAAAGUUUAAAAUGCUUUGUUUUUACAACAUUUCUGUAAAGUUUUCUGUACUUGUGCCCUCUGGAAUGCAAAAAAAAAAAAGGUUAAAAAAAAAAAAGAAAACAUUUUGAAUGCUGGUGUUGUAAAGGAUAAGUGUUAUUUUUUUCUCCUGUUGGUAAUACAAUGAGGUUUUACAGUACUAAAGCAAUAUCUGUAGGAGCAAUCCCUAAUAUGCACUGAGAGUAAACAAACUCAUUUGUAAGCUCACAGAGACCUGUAAAAUGGGUGCAAUUGUAGCCUUCAGAUCUGAGCUUCAUGGAGACUGUUCAUUUAAUUGUAUUUUUUAUAUAUAUUUUAAUGUGCACUAAACAUUUGUUAUACCAAAAUCAAGUUGAUGUUUUUUAAGCUGUUCACCAUCAUUUUGAGUUUUUUUCUCAGUUUUGAUCUUAUAGCAAAAUAGGCAUAAAUUAGGUAAAGCCUUAAUGUUGCACUGUGAUUUGACUGCCAAAAAUUGUUUUAAAUAUUAUCUAUAAAUCAGUCUCUACCCAAGUAUUUAGUUCUUCUUGAAAAUUAAAGGGACACAGAUGAGUUAGAAUAAUAAUUUAAUUAACUAAUUAACUGUAACAUGAUAUUUUUGUGGAGAACAUUUAUAUGGUCAGAGAUAAAACUGACAUAAAAAUGGAUCAUUAAAUACAUUAGAAUUGUAUAAUCAACAAAUGUAUAAUAAAAAUGCAAAGUAAUAAUACUUAGUUUGAAUUUCAAGUGACUAGUAGAUUUACUUCCAUUUCCCCUGCUCCCUGAAUCAGCCAAUCAAAAACACAUAUACAGUACAUAUAUACUGUGAUCUAUUGCACAUGCUCAGUAGAAGCCUCAGAAAGGAUAUUUAUAACAGAUAAGGUACAAUUAUAAUAAUACUUCCCUCUGCCUUAAUAAAUCUAUGUCCACCUUCUUGAAGAGCUUGGUAAAAUGUUAUAAAACUUCUUUUUGUAUGAACUUUUACCAAGCUCUAUGUAUUUUGUUAAUAUGCCAUUUUAAAGUAAAAAAAACCCAGCAAUGCUACAGUUUAAUAAUUUACAACAGUGUUGCUCAACCGCGGUCCUCCAGUUCCACCAAUAGACCAGGUUUAUAGCUAUAUAGCUAUAAACCUGAACUAGAGCAGUGGUGAAAUAAUCAGCUGAUCAGUAACCAUGGUUACUAACCUGCUCUAACCCAUCAGCUGAUUAUUAUGCUCUAGUUCAGGUAUAAUGAAAACCUGGCCUGUUAGGGGUAAAUUCAUUUUAAAUAGUCGGUACAGGUCUAUUUUGAUAACUGACCCCAUAAAGGUGUCAGUAUGCUGUUUACAAUAUGAGUGUAACAUGUAAAACACAAAUACUAUAAAAUGAUGAUGAAAACUCUUAUAAAGACUGUAAAGGGCAUUUCACUUUGCUUAGUUAGCUGCUUAUUUAAGGCUUAAUCUACAGUAGGAGGUAUUGCCUGACUGGCAUAUUAUGAGCAUUUGCAAAACAUUGGACCUUACAUUAAAAUAAAAUGUAAGUAGAUUUAUUAAGAAUUAAGAGGAGACACUAGAUAUUCUGCCAAUAUUAUUCUUUUUGAGAGCAGAUUAAAGGACCAGUCAAUACAAUAGGUUUGCAUAAUCAAUAAAUGCAUGAUAAGAAGACAAUGCAAUAGCACUUAGUCUGAACUUCAAAUGAGUAGUAGAUUUUUUUUAAAAAUAAAUUGCAAAGUUAUGUCUGUUUCCACUCCCCCUGUACCAUGUGACAGCCAUCAGCCAAUCACAAAUGCAUAUACGUAUAUGCUGUGAAUUCUUGCACAUGCUCAGUAGGAGUUGGUGACUCAAAAAGUGUAAAUAUUAAAAGACUGUGGACAUUUUGUUUAAUAGAAGUAAAUUGGAAAGUUGUUUAAAAUGACAUGCUCUAUCUGAAUCAUGAAGUUUAAUUUUGACUUGAGUGUCCCUUUAAAUAAAACAAGAAGUAGCUUUUAUGAAAUCAACUGAAUAAAUUGUCAAAAAUGUCUUACUAAAGAAUUCUGAUAUGUUCGUAAAUUUAUACUAAUUAAUUAAAGGGACUGAUACUUAAAAAAACUUGCCAAUAUGGAGAGAAAUCAGGCAAAAUCUUUUUUUUUUUUUUUUGGACCAUUAUAUUGUAAUGUGAGUGUCUCUCUUUAACGUUUAGAAACCCUGCAUAGCUAGAGAAGCUUUCAAGUUAAUAUUUGCCGUUUUAAAAUUGUUUGAGGGACCUCAUAGUACAUUGCUAAAUAAUUCUCAAAAAAGACCCCAAAGAUUUUGUGUCAUUUCUUACCAUGCCGGCACAUUUUUGAUCGUCAUUAAGCUAUGUAGCAAAUCUGAUUAAAACACAUGUAUCUUGCAUAUCAUAUUAGGUUUUGCAAAUCUGAUGUUUAUUUCUAUUUAAAAUGUACAAUUGUUUAUUUUUAUAUUAAAUGUGUUUUAAGAGCAUACUUUAUUUUACCUCUGUGUUAGCUGAAACUGAACAUUAAUUUUACAACACAUUAUUGAUUAGAAUUAAUUUGAUUGCUAUGCUAAAUUAUUACAAUUAUAUUGGGAAAUAAAGGAAACAUUCCUAAGGUUCUAUAACUCAGAAAAAAAAAACUUAUUGAAACCAAAGCAGACCAAAUACAACUAAACAAUGAGCUUACUUGUAAAGUAGCAACCCAUUUUUAAGGAUAUUUGUUAUAAAUAGGCUGACCAUAUUGCCGCUUUAAAAAGGGACACAUGAAAAAUACAUAUGUCAGUGCUGUUUAAAGAAAUGUUUUGUAUAAGAACCCUCACAUAUGUAUUUUUCAUAUGUGUUCCUUCUUAAAGCGGCAAUAUGGUCAGCCUAGUUAUAAAGCAAGUUUUUGAAAGUGAAUCAAGAUCCUCGUAUUUUUCUUUCACAAAGAUAAACUGUAACUUUUUAUAUUGUUGCAAUUCUAUAGCUGGAUCACUGCCAGACUGUCCAGUCAUUUUUACCAAUUUGUUGCUGAACGACUUCUCAGUACUGUAACAAAUAGGUGAAAGGGCUGGUGUUCGUCUUUUUAUCCUGCAAUGUGUGAAUUUUCUGUAAAUAUGCCUUUGGCGCAUUCAAUUUGUAUAUUAUGUAUGUUACAGUAUUCAUGUUGUAUGUGAUUUUUUAUAUAUAUAAACAAAAAUGCCAGCAAACAAA